CAAAUUCGCUUAAUCAUUUUUCGAAUACACAAAUACACAAUAAUAUAUUAAUGUACAUAUUACACUAGUCACUGUCCAGUAUCCACUCAGUACUCACAAAUUCGAUUUUGAAACGUAGAAGUUACCAACAACACAGUUCAAAAGUUAUGGAUCGUCUAUUGAGGUUGGGCGGUGGUAUACCCUUGGGACAAGGGUCGGCUCCUGCUGCCGAUACUCCUGUUGUAGACACUGCUGAACAAGUUUAUGUGUCAUCAUUGGCCUUGUUAAAAAUGUUGAAACAUGGACGAGCUGGAGUUCCUAUGGAAGUUAUGGGCUUGAUGUUAGGUGAAUUUGUGGACGAUUACACUGUACGUGUUAUUGAUGUAUUCGCUAUGCCUCAAACUGGAACCGGUGUAAGUGUUGAAGCUGUAGACCCAGUAUUCCAAGCAAAGAUGUUGGAUAUGUUGAAACAAACAGGCAGGCCGGAAAUGGUUGUAGGAUGGUAUCAUUCACAUCCAGGGUUUGGGUGUUGGUUAUCUGGUGUAGAUAUUAAUACACAACAGAGUUUUGAAGCCCUCUCCGAAAGAGCUGUUGCCGUUGUAGUUGACCCCAUUCAAAGUGUCAAAGGAAAGGUAGUUAUUGAUGCCUUCCGUUUAAUCAACCCCAAUAUGAUGGUACUUGGCCAAGAACCAAGACAAACUACUAGUAACUUGGGACAUUUACAAAAACCUUCAGUUCAAGCUUUAAUUCAUGGUCUUAAUCGUCAUUACUAUUCCAUUUCAAUAAACUACAGAAAAAAUGAACUCGAACAAAAAAUGUUAUUGAAUCUACACAAGAAAUCAUGGAUGGAUGGAAUGGCACUUGAAGAUUAUGAAAAGCACUGUGAUACCAACCGAACUACAGUUAAAGAAAUGCUAGAAUUAGCUAAGAGUUAUAACAAAGCUUUGGAAGACGAGGAUAAAAUGACACCGGAACAAUUGGCGAUUAAAAAUGUAGGCAAACAAGAUCCUAAGAGGCAUUUGGAAGAAAAAGUUGAUAAUCUAAUGUCUGGAAACAUUGUUCAGUGUUUAGGUUCUAUGUUGGAUACUGUAGUGUUUAAAUAAUACUUGUGAAAAUAUUAUGCAAUCAAGGAAAAAAAAUAUGGAAAGAAAUAAAUUAUUUUUAACUGUA